AUGUCUCAGGACAUAUUCAUAGGUGAUUGUACCAACACCACCCCCAGCAGCCACAACUCCAACUUCAGCGGUGGAUACAACAACCACAGCUGCUCCUACAUCAACCACAGCGGUUCCACAAACAACAACAGCUACUCUCACAACAACCACAGAUGCUCCCACAACAAACACAGCAGCGCCCACAACAACCACAGCUGCUCCCACAACAACCACAGCUGUUCCCACAACAUCGCCACCUGCUCAGACAAAAACCACAGAUCAGCUCCCACAACAAGCACAGCUGUUCCCACAACAACGCCACAUGCUCCGACAAAAAACCCAGAUGUUCCAACAACAACCACACCUGCUCCAACAACAAUCACAGUUCCUCCCAUAUCAACCACAGCUGCUCUCCCAACAACCGCAGCCUCACCCACAACAAACACAGCGGCUCCCACAACAUCCGCAGCUGCUCCCACAACAACCACAGCUGCUCCAACAACAACCACAGCCUAUCCCACAACAACCACAGCUGCUCCCACAACAACCACAGCUGCUCCAACAACAACCACAGAAUCUCCCACAACAAUAACAGUCACUACUUCAAAAACCCCAGCUGCUCUAACAACAAACUCAGCUGUUGCCACAACAACCACAGCUGCUCCCACAACAAUCACAGAAUCUCCCAAAACAACCACAGCUGCUCCCACAACAACCACAGCUACUCCAACAACAACCACAGCCUAUGCCACAACAACCACAGCUGCUCCUACAGCAACCACAGCUGCUCCAACAACAACCACAACUGUUCCCACAACAACCACAGCUGCACCCACAACAACCACAGGUGCACCCACAACAACCACAGCCAUCCCCACAACACCCAUAGCUUCUCCCACAGCAACCAUAGAAGCUCCAACGACAACUACAAUUGGGGCAACAACAACCACAGAUACUUUAAAAACAACCACAGCUGUUCCCACAACAACCACGGCUACUCCGACAACAACCCCAGAUGUACCAACCACAACCACAACUCUUCCAACAACAACCACAACUGCUCCCACAACAAACACAGAAACAUCCACAACAACCACAGCCAUCCCCACAACAACCAGAGCAGCUCCAACGACAACUACAAUUGGGGCUACAACAACUACAGCUCCUCCAACACUGCUCCCACAACAACCCCAGCUGCUCCAACAACAACCUCAGAUAUACUCCAACAACAACCACUACUGCUCCCACAUCAACCACAGCUGUUCCCACAACAACCACAUCCUUCCCCACAUCUGCUCCCACAACAACCACAGCAGCUUCAACGACAACUACAAUUGGGGCUACAGCAACUACAGAUACUCCAACGACAACAACAACUGCUCCCACAUCAACCAUAGCUUCUCCAACAAAAACCACAGCUGUUCCCACAACAACCCCAGCUCUUCUCCCACAACAACCAUACAAGCUCCAACGAAAACUACAAUUGGGGCUACAACAACCACAGAUACUCCAACAACAACCACUACUGCUCCCACAUCAACCACACCUUCUCCAACAACAACCACAGCUGCUCACACAACAACCACAUCCUUCCCCACAACACCCACAUCUGCUCCCACAACAACCACAGCAGCUCCAACGACAACUACAAUUGGGGAUACAGAAACUAUAGAUACUCCAACGACAACCACAACUGCUCCCACAUCAACCAUAGCUUCUCCAACAACAACCACAGCUGUUCCCACAACAACCACAGCUGUUUCCACAACAACCACAGCUGCUCCCACAACAACCGCAGUCGCUACUUCUAAAACCACAGCUGCUCCCACAACAACCACAACUUCUCCAACAUCAACCACAGCUGCUCCCAUAACUACUAAAGUUGCUCUCACAACUACUAAAGUUGCUCUCACAACAACCCCAGCUGCUCCAACAACAACCUCAGCUAUUCCCACAAAAACCACAGCUGCUCCCACAACAACCACAGAAUCCCCCACAACAACCACAGCUUCUCUCACCACAACCACAGCUGUUCCAACAACAACCACAACUGCUCCAACAACAACCACAGCUCUGGACACAGUUUAUCGAAACAAAUAUGGAUCCAGUUUUAAUCGCACAGAGGUUCUAGGUUUCAGGAGUUGUUUCAACCUCAGCUACAACUACUACUUCUACUCCAGAUCCUCCAAUAUCAACACCAUAUACGAUCAUGAAUGUAACUUCAGCCCCCUCAAACAGGUCAACUACAAACAUGGACCUGUAACACAAAGCAAUACAACUUCAACACUAUCAACUACAACCCCAUCUUUGUCAACUACCCCAAUAGUCAACACAACAGCUCCUUCAACUACCCCAAUAGUCAACACAACAGCUCCUUCAACUACCCCCAUAGUCAACACAACAGCAACUCCAACUACCCCAGUAGUCAGUGCAACAACAUCUCCAACUACCAAUUUGACCGAAGUACUAACUACUCCAUUACCAACUAAGCCGGUAGCAACUACCCCAGUACCAACUAUCCAAGUGCCAACUACAACGGCAUCCCAUGCAACAGAGGCGCCACUGACCAGCCCACAACUGUCACUGCAGUUCAGCCUGAUAUCUAUCUUCACUAUCUCUCUGAGCAACAGCAGGUCACCAGAGUUCCUAACUUUGGCAAAUCAUGUGAUGACACAGCUGGAUAAUUUGUUCAAGGCUCAAUUUGGAGCCAGAUUCUUUCGAACUGUUGUCAAUAGUUUCAGGUCAGGGUCAAUUGUGGUGGAUUCUACGUUGAUAUUCAACAACAUCAGCUCAGUGCCUAACGAUAGCCUGGUAGCACAAACCUUACAAACUGCCAUUACUUCCAACACGUCUGGCCUGACCUUACCUAUCAAUUCAUCCUCCAUUGUGGUCACACGCGCUACUACAAUGACUAAUUCAACCACCUCCGCUGCAACAACUGCAGAUGUCACCACGACCCCUCAGGCAGUGGCCAAAACCACCACCACCGCUGUUCCGGCAGCAACCACCACCACCACUGCAGUCGCACUAACUAACCCUCCAUCUUCUAGUGAAGGAACCCUGAUUCUUCGGUUCAGUCUCGAUGAGAAAUUCACCCCGGAUCUUGCCAACCCGUCCUCUUCAGCAUUCAAGGCUCUGGCUGGCAAAGUGGUCUCAGAGGUAAACAAGAUUUUUGCUAGAACCCCAAGCUUCCUUCGUUCCAUUGUCAACUCAUUCAAGAGUGGAUCUGUCGUAACCAACAUGACUCUCGUGUUCAGUAACAAAUCUUCGGUUCCCAGCGCAUGCAGCGCACAAGCAACUUUCACCAUCAGUUCCACCUCCCUGAACAUCCUACCGGGCAGCGUCAAUGUUGAGUCAUCAGUCAAUUCAGGAAGUGCUCCCCGACCCACUGCCUUCUGUCUGGCUUUCUUGCCUCUCACUUUGGCACUGCUAAUGGUACAGUUGCUGGCUAACUAAUAAUAUAA